CAAUUUAACUCGGACCAGCAAGUCACAAAACAGCAACACGAGUCCAGAGAGAGAAGUGAGGAUUUAUUUAUUUGAAUAAAAAUGCUUUCCCGAAAUCGACGAUGGAUUUUUACAAGGAAAUUUAGAAUAUUUUAAUCGUCUCUGCUAAUGGAAGGGUCCCAUUAAUUGAGGAAUCCAAUCCAAUUGCAUUACUAUAUUUAAUUACUAGUAUAUGCUACUUGUUCUUCCCUCAAUGCUCGCACCUCCUUCCCUUUUUCCUUUUUGUUUUUCUGUAUAUUAAUUAAACCUCUCUUCUUUCUCUCAUCUCCAUAUUGUAGGGUUUUUUCCGCCUCACACUUGGAUUUUGAUGAAGAUUUGGAGGAUUAUUGGCUUAGGAAGUGUUAAACAAAUGCUUGAAGGAGAAGGCAAAGGGUUUGAGCAACGCGAGUUCCGUGCUGAGUUGAGUGAGACCGACUGGAUCGUUGUUGACAUCCCGCCCUCGAAGAAGAAGAAGAGCAUGUUGGAGAAUGGUGAGACGUCCGGUGAGAGUGGAAGCAACGGUGAAGGACCUCAGGAUCCAGAUUAUUCGGAGAAUCCGUCUCUAAGCUACGAGUUAGAGAGUGAGAUAUUUGCUAGGUUUCCAAGAACAGAGCACUGGAAGCUAUGCUUUGUAAACAAGAGAUGUUUAGGUCUUGUGAGAAGUGGAGAGCUCUACCAGAUGAGGAAGAGGAUCGGGUGCGUGGAACCCAAGGUUUUCAUGUUUGCAAGUGGCGAGAGCAGCUGGUGGGCGUUUGAUCAUGUCUUCACCUCUCGCAGGAAGCUCCCUGUCCUGCCCUCUGACACUUGCUUCAGCUCGGGGGAUAAGGAGUCGGUCUGUGCCGGUACUCAUCUGCUCGUCUCGGGCAGGGAGAUAGACGGCCUAGUGGUGUGGAGGUACGAGCUGAGUGAGAACGCGUGGUACAAGGGUCCGUCAAUGGUGAACCCGAGAUGCUUGUUCGCCUCUGCGACAUGUGGCGAUUGCGCCUACGUGGCUGGAGGCAUGGGGGCGGCAUCGAGCAAAGAGGUCUACGACACGGCUGAGAAGUACAAUGUGGAGAGCCGGUCAUGGGAGGCGCUCCCGAGGAUGAAGAAGCGGAGGAAGCUCUGCGCAGGUUUCUACAUGGAUAACAGAUUCUAUGUGAUUGGAGGAAGGAAUGAAGAUGGAGAACUAACAUGUGGCGAAUUCUUCGAUGAGAGGAGAAACCGAUGGGAGGUCGUAGCCGACAUGCUCAAGGACGAUCCCGUGCAGUCGUCCCACUCGCCCCCGCUCCUCGCAGUCAUGAACAACGAGCUCUACUCGCUGGAGGUGUCUUCCAACCAGCUCAAGGUGUACCUGAAGCAGACGAACACGUGGAAGCACUUGGGACGCGUCCCUGUCAGGGCUGACUCCAACCGAGGCUGGGGGGUCGCGUUCAAGUCUUUGGGGAACGAGCUCUUGGUGAUAGGCGCAUCUGAAGCAGGCAACUACAUGGCCAUAUACACCUGCUGCCCCGACUACGCCUCUGACUCGCCUACCCUGCACUGGAAGCUGCUCCACAGCGCCACGAGCCGCCUCAGUCACUUCAUCUUGAACUGCUCUGUUAUGCUAGCAUGAUUGUUGAAAGCUGAAACAUCGCUUUCACCUUUGUCUAACUAUAAAUCACUCUAUAGUGUAAUUACUUUAACUUUCCUCUCUUCUUCAUAUGGCAAAAACCUCAUUUGCUGUAACAAUCUGUUUUUCUGAUUGCUGGAAGUAGACAUGAAAUUUCUCA